GGGCGCCAUGGAGCCCGGCUCCCCCGGCCUUCCCCCGGCCCCGGCCCCGGCCCCGGACGCCUCCGUCAGCUGCAGCCGACUUCGGCAAAUCCAAGGCAUCCUGACGCAGAGCAGCAAAUCUCAGCCCGACGGGAUCCUCUGCAUUUUAGGAAUCGACAGCCGCUACAACGAAGGCUGCAGGGAGCUGGCCAAUUAUCUCCUCUUCGGACUGUACAACCAGAACCAUGCCGAUCUGGAACGGACGGGGUUUUCCGAAGACAUCCUGGAUGAUGUCAUCAUCUUGAUAAAGCCGGACAGCGUCCACCUCUACUGCAACCCUGUCAACUACUGUCACCUCCUACCCUACGUGGCGUUUUGGAGAAAUCUGCAUUUCCACUGCAUGACGGAAAGCGAGUACGAAGACGAAGAAGCCGCGGAGGAGUUCAAAAUCUCAAGCUUCGUGGACAUGGUUCGAGACUGCAGCCGGAUCGGCAUUCCCUACAGCUCCCAAGGGCACCUGCAGAUGUUCGAUAUGUUCAUCGUGGAGAAGUGGCCCAUCGUGCAGGCCUUUGCGCUGGAGGGAAUUGGCGGGGACGGCUUUUUCACCAUGAAGUACGAGUUGCAGGAUGUGAGCGUGGACCUGUGGAAAACCUACAGCAGGAUGGACCCCGUGUCCCUGGAGGGCUUGCUCUGUGAGGAUUUGAGAUCGUUCGAACACCAGUGGACCAGCUUCUUCGCCAACUUCGACACCGAGGUUCCUUCCAUCCUGGAGCUGUCCGAGUCGCAGGCGGGUGAGCCGUUCAGAAGUUACUUUAGCCAUGGGAUGAUCUCCAGUCACAUCACCGACAACAGCCCCAGCAGGCAGCCGUUGGUGCUCUUCGGGAGCCAUUCCACGCGGGACAACCUCAAUUCGGGCAACUUUAACUUCCCCUCCGAAGGCCACCUGGUUCGCAACACCGGGCUGGGAGGGAGCACGGCCAAGCAGAUGGUGGUGCAGUGCGUCUCUCCCAAGGGCCCUCUGGCCUGCUCCCGGACCUAUUUCUUCGGCGCCACUCACGUCCCGGAUCUGGGCACUGACAGCAUCCUGCCCAAGAAGAGCAAACCUGUCAGGCUGCUGUCCCAAGUCUACGCCGCCGUCGUGGAGGCUGUUAUGGCCAGCAUUGCACGCUAUGCUCAAACUUUCAGCGUCACCAAGGCAAAGGAAACAGCCGAGCAGGUGUUUCUAAGUGGGCUGGAUUCUUUCGACCUGACGCAGUUCAAGUCCGCGCUAUGCUCCAAGAUCUCUUUCCAGAUCCAAGCAGCGAAUAACCAGGGGAGGACGGUGCCCCUGGACAGCGAGGAUAGCGUGCACUUUGUGAAAACGGCGGGCAUGGCUGUGUACGACAUUCCCGACUUGCCGGGAGGAAGGGGCUCCCUGGGUUCCGUCGUCUUCUCGGAGUCGUUCCUCACGUCCCAGUUGGCUGUCAGAGAGAAGGAUGGCAGUGUCAUUCCAGACACCAGCUAUGUCGUCCUGACCGAAGCAAUUCCCAGAUACUGCUCUUGGCUGGUUGAAGAUAAUGAAGUGAAACUCUCCGAGCAAGCGCAGCAAGCAGUAAAGGCUGAUGACUCUUUCCUGGGCACCCCCCUGACAGGCGGAGAGGGAGCUUACAUCUACUCUAGUAACGCGCACGCCUGGCCCGAGGAAGGGAAAGUCCACUUCUUCUCGGACGGCCUGCUGUUUUCUCACCGUCGCCACGGCAGCAUCCCAAUGCCCAAGAGCCAGAUGAAGUCCAUCCAGUUCUACGACGGGGACUCUACCAGUGUGGUGGCCGCCCUGUUCAUAGACUUCAAAAGCUCCCUGCUCCCUCAUCUGCCGGUCCAGUUCCACGGCCUGGGCGGUUUUCUGAUGAUCGCGCUGCUCCCCAAAACCAGGAUUUACAAAGCUUUUUACUCCCAGGUCUAUUCCCCCUGGCAGCAGCAGGCCGGCUCAGGACCCUCUCUAAAAGCGAUCCAGGAGGACGGAUUAUCGGCGGAACAAAAAAGAUUACACUCCAAUAUGCAGCAGCUGUUUACCGCCUGGUCCUACCCUGUCGGAGAAAGAUGGAGUCAACUGAAACUGAUAUCGGCUAAUCUCCCCACGCUGGAUAGAUUUCUCCAGCACUUUGCCGUCAGCAGCGUGAGUCCUGAGCCAGUAAUGAGAACUCAUCUUCCCGUGGUCUUGCAGCAGCAGCAGGCUGAACUCCUCCCCGCUCGCCAAGCCGUGGAUGACAAGGUGACCAUCAGCGUCCUCACCGGCCUCCCGGGAUGCCACGCCAGCGAUCUCUGCACGUUCCUGGUGUCUUUCCACAAGGAAGAAGGGAGGUGGAUGAUCUACCGGCAGACGAUGGACAGCUCGGAGUGCUUCAGUGCCGCCCACUUCCAGCGCUACCUGACCAGUGCCCUGGAAGCGCAGCGGAACCGCGGAGUGCGCCAGGCGGCCUACGCCUGCAAGAAGACCAGGCUCCUUGUGGUCUUGCAAGGCUACACCGACCCCAUCGACGUGGUCCAGGCGCUGCAGACCCAUCCGGACCCAGACGUCCAAGCCACUUUCACCAUUGGCACCGUCACCGCCUGCGUGGAGCCCCUCAGCUGCUACAUGGAGCACAGAUUUCUCUUUCCUAAAUUCCUCGAUCAGUGUUCACAAGGCCUGGUGAGCAACGUUGUCUUCACGAGCCACACGCUGGAGCAGAGACACCCGCUCCUCGGGCAACUCCAGAGCCUCAUCCGGGCCGCCAAUCCCGCGGCAGCGUUCAUCCUGGCUGAGAAUGGGAUUGUGACAAGGAAUGAAGACGUGGAGCUGAUCCUCUCCGAAAACAGCUUUGCGAAUCCUCAGAUGCUGAGGACCCGCUACUUGACGUUUCCCGGUUGGUUCGAAGGGAAGUUUGGAGCCGGGGCCGUGUUCCCGCCGAUGGUCCAGAUCUGCGUGUGGUUCUGUCGACCCCUGGAGAAAUCUCGAUUCGUAGCCAAGUGCCAAGCCCUGAAGUCUUCAAUCGGCCCGAGUCCUUUCUCAGGAAACAUCUACCACAUCCUGGGCAGAGUGAAGUUUUCAGACUCAGAGAAGCAGCUGGAGGUCUGCCACAACACACUGGCCAAUUCCCUGAGCCUCGUGCCCAUCCAGGAGGGCCCCACCCCACCCAGCGAUUCCCGACCCGAGAGCCGCGAUCGCAGCGGCCCGCAGGAGUGUCACCUCGUCUUCAUCGGCUGCUCCCUGAAAGAGGACACGGUGAAGGAUUGGCUGCGGCAGACGGCGAAGCAGAAGCCGCAGAGGAAAGCCCUGAAAACCCGAGGGAUGCUGACGGUGCAGGAGAUCAGGAACAUCCACGUGAAACGUCACCUGGACCCUCUCCCGGCUGGCUAUUUCUACAACGGAACCCAGUUUGUGAAUUUCUUUGGGGACAAAACUGAUUACCAUCCCCUGAUGGACCAGUUCAUGAACGACUACGUGGAGGAGGCCAACCGGGAAAUCGAGCGCUACAAUCGCGAGCUGGAGCAGCAGGAGUUCCACGACCUCUUCGAGCGCAAGACCUAGAGUUUCCUCUGCCCAGGCCGGGCCGGGCCUAAGGCCUAGAGGCCCAAACGCUCCACAGCCUCCGCUGCCACCGCCUGCUCUGUCACCUUCUCCCAGGGAAGGGGGUGCCUUCUGCUGCCUCUGUGUGUGUGUGUGUGUGUGUGUGUGUAUCUGUGUGUUUUGUCUCAUAGCCACCUUCCAGUCCAGAACUAAAAAGCAUCACAUGCAAAGAAAGAGAGUAGGGUCAGGGGACGGGCUGUUGGGUGGGGAAGGGGCGGCACUGAUCUCCAGGGCCUUGGAGCGGGCAGGAGCCCCAGAUGGGCCCGUCGCUCCAGUGUGAAUCCUGGAGGCCCUUCUCAGCCGUCCCCGGGGUGAACUGUGUCCCCCUUUCCUUUGGGGCUGGGGGCUGUGAUAAGGAUGCCCCGGGUGGAGCGGGUCUCCUUGCCGGUGCCCGGCUGCCGGAGAGACGAGGAAGGAGGGCGGGGGUCCCUGUGAAGGUCCCUGUGAACAGGCAUGAGGGGCAUCUGCAGCCCCCCGACCCUUGAGAUCCCCUCUCCUCCCUGGGGCCCCCAUCCUGAGCAGAUUGACUCUGCGGUAACC